AUGACAACAUUAUGGGAAAAUUUUGUAAAUAUUGAUUAUAAAAAACAUUUAGUUAUAUCUGUAUUCAUAAGAAUACUAUUGGUAAGUUAUAGCAUACACCAUGAUGAAUUUUCAAAAGUAAAAUACACAGAUAUCGAUUAUAAAGUUUUUACAGAUGCUGCUAGACAUUAUUUAGAUGGCAAUUCUCCUUAUGAAAGACAUACUUAUCGUUACAGUCCUUUAGUAGCAAUACUUUUAUCUCCUAAUAUUACACUUCACAACAGUUUUGGUAAAUUGCUGUUUUGCUGUACUGAUAUUUUAGUGGCACUUUUAAUUCGAUCCAUUGUAAAAAACACAGUAACAGAAUAUGAUUCUUACAAACAGAAAAAGUCGAAAAAAUCAAUAUUAGAAGAGAAUAAAUUUAAAAAAUCAAAUACGAAAACAAGGAAAAAACUUCGGCAGUCUAAUAAACAAUAUUUAAAUGUUACCUCAGCGGAACUAAAAUCAAAGAAUUCUAUAGAUUUAAAAUGUGAUAUUGCUAUGUUAGCUUGGUUGUAUAAUCCAAUGACUAUAGCAAUUGGAACAAGAGGCAAUUGCGAUAGCCUAGCAGGUUUUCUAGUUCUUUUAACACUUUAUUUUCUACAAUGUAAACAGUACGCCUUUUUAGCUGGUAUAGUACAUGGCAUAUCAAUUCACUUUAGACUUUAUCCUAUAAUAUACAGCUUAACAUACUUUAUGUAUUUGAGUAAGUUCUCAUUUUAUACUUCAGAAGAUCGUAGAAGACCUAAGGCAUCGCAAUUCGCUAUUGAUAACUCCUCGAAUUUAAAAAUGCUGAAAAACAUUGAGAAUACCGUUGCUAAAAAUAAAUUAUCUCUGAAUAGUAUUAGAAAGGAAAGAAAAACAAUAUUUAGAAAAGAAUAUUUGUUUUAUCUGAUACCUAAUUUGGAUCAGUUUAAAUUGAUAACUGGUUGUCUCUUAUCACUGUCAUUUUUAACGCUGUAUUUUUAUUACUUAUUUGGAUACACUUUUUUAAAGGAAACAUAUUUGUACCAUUUUAUAAGAAAGGAUCCAAAGCACAAUUUUUCUUUAUACUUUUAUUUACAGUAUUUAACUGCUUGGGUAAAGAAUAUUGGGUUAUGGCAAAAAGCAUUAAUGUUAUUACCCCAAUUAGUGCUUAUAUCAGUUUUUUCAAUUAGAUAUGGUCUGAACAGAUUCACUUUGAAUUUUUCUAUACUUCUACAGACUAUUGUUAUGGUAAUUUAUAACAGCGUUCUGACGUCUCAAUACUUUGUAUGGAUUAUGGCAGUUCUGCCUCUUUGUUUGUGGCAAAUAAGAAUGACUAAACUGAUGGGAUUCGCACUUCUAUGUGUGUGGUAUAUUGCUCAAGGUGUCUGGUUAUUACCAGCUUAUUUGUUGGAAUUCCAAGGUCAAAAUACUUUCUUGUAUAUCUGGUUACAAAGUGUAUCAUUUUUCUGUGCCAAUAUCGCUAUAUUAGGUAGACUCAUUAUGUACUUUAUGCCCCUCAAUGAAAAAGGGAAUUAGGAAUAGUUGUAAUUAUUGAUAGUAAUAAAAAUAUAAAACACUUCAA